AUGUAUAUCAAGCAAAUCAUCAUCCAAGGCUUCAAAAGCUACAAGGACCAAACCGUCAUUGAGCCCUUUUCUCCCAAGACCAACGUCAUCGUCGGCCGCAAUGGAUCGGGAAAGAGUAACUUCUUCGCUGCGAUUCGCUUCGUCCUCAGCGAUGCAUACACGCAAAUGAGCCGUGAGGAGCGCCAGGGUCUCCUCCACGAAGGUUCGGGCUCGGCCGUCAUGUCGGCCUACGUUGAGAUCAUCUUUGACAACAGCGACGACCGAUUCCCCACCGGAGGCAAGGAAGUGGUGCUGCGACGCACCAUUGGUCUCAAAAAGGACGAAUACUCCGUCGACCGCAAGGUUGUCACCAAGACGGAUGUCACAAACCUGCUGGAGGCAGCGGGCUUCUCACGCUCCAACCCGUACUACAUCGUACCCCAGGGUCGUGUCACCGCCUUGACGAAUAUGAAAGAGUCCGAGCGAUUGAAUCUGCUCAAGGAAGUUGCGGGUACACAAGUCUACGAAGCCCGCCGCGCCGAAUCCCUCAAGAUUAUGACGGAGACGAACAACAAGCGAGAAAAGAUUGACGAACUUCUUGAGUAUAUCAAGGAGAGACUGGCAGAGCUCGAAGAGGAAAAGGAAGAGCUGCGAGGCUUCCAGGAAAAGGACCGAGAGAGGAGAUGUUUGGAAUAUGCAUACCACCACCGAGAGCAGACCACCGUCCAAGCCGCCCUCGAGGAAAUCGAUAAUGCCAGGCAAGACGGCCUGGACAACACAGAUUCGAGCCGCGCGCAGUUCCUGGAAGGAGAAAAGGCGAUUUCCAAGAUUGAUGCCGAAAUCCACAAACUGCAGAGGGAGCUGGAGCUUCUGCAAAUUGAUCGACGUCAGCAGGAGGAAGAUAGACGCGAUAAUGCAAAGAUGCUCGCCAAGAUUGAGCUCAAGGUAAAGAAUCUGAGAGAAGGACAAUCUGCACUGGAACAAGCUCGAGAACAACAUGCUUCCGAACUGGCCUCCGUACAGAGUGAGAUUAAGACCAAGGAAAAAGAGCUGGCGCAGCUUCUUCCCGAAUAUACGCAGACGAAGAACGAAGAAGACGAGGUCAGGAGGCAGCUGGAUACCGUUGAGGCGUCACGAUCACGCCUCUUUGCAAAGCAAAGCCGCGGAUCUCGAUUCAAGAAUCGCGCCGAGCGCGAUGCUUGGCUCAAGCAGGAAAUCGAUGACCUCAACUUAACCAUCAGCACCCAAAAAGCAAACAAAAUGGACGCUGAUGAGGAGGUCGCUAGAACCCAAAAGGCAAUCGAGCAGGGCGAGCGAGAGGUUGCCGAGCUGCGCUCACGUUUAGCCAACUGGAGUGGCGAUAGGGGCGAGGUGGCAGACCAAGCGGCCCAUGCACGGGCUACUCUGGACAGACUGAACGAUGAGCGGAAGCUGAUUCGCCGAGAAGACGACAAACUCAACUCUGUUAUUUCUAAUGCCCGGCAAGAGAAGGAGCAAGCUGAGCGAGAACUGGCUCAUGCGGUUGACGGAGCCACCGCGCGUGGUUUGGCUACUAUACGCCGACUGAAGCAAGAACAAGAUAUCCCGGGUGCCUAUGGAACAUUGGCAGACCUGCUGGAGGUUAGCGACGCAUAUCGACUACCCGUCGAACAAAUUGCCGGCGCCAGCUUGUUCCACUAUGUCGUGGACAAUGCCGAUACUGCCACCUACCUCGCAGAUACCAUGUACAAACAGCGCGGCGGUAGAGUCACAUUCAUGCCGUUGGCCCAACUUCGCCCACGCAAAGUAAACUAUCCAAAUUCCAACGAUGCGGUUCCACUCUUGAGCAAGAUCAACUAUGAUGAGCAGUUUGAGAAGGCGUUCCAGCAGGUAUUUGGAAAGGUUGUCGUAUGUCCCAACCUUGCCGUGGCUGCUCAGUAUGCCAGGAGUCAUGGUGUGGAUGGUAUCACAGCGGAGGGUGACACCACCAACAAGCGUGGUGCCAUGACUGGUGGUUACAUCGACCCACGGAAGUCACGCCUGGAAGCUGUACAAGCUGCCAACAAGUGGAGAGAGGAGUAUGAUGCCCUCAUUGAGCAGUCUCGCAACAUUCGCAGGCAGAUUGAGCUCAAGGACCAAGAGAUCACUGGCGCCAUGUCUGAAGUUCAAAAACUUGAGCAGAGGCUCCGACAAGCUGAGGAUGGCUUCGAGCCACUCAAGCACGAGCUCCGAAACAGGUCAUCUCACAUUGAGAACGAGAGGAGCCGUCUUGAUGGGGCCAUCAGGAGACGGGAUGCUGUUGAAAAGAACAUGAAUGGAUUCUUGCAGGAAGUUGCAGCUCACGAGUCCGAAUUGGGCACAGACUUCAAGAAGACACUUACAACAGCUGAAGAACGCGAGUUGGAGGGAUCUAGCCGCACAGUCCAGCAAUUACAGAAACAGUGGAAUGAAAUCAGCAACAACCGCAGAAUUCUGGAAAGACAGAAGCAGCUGUUGGAAAUUGACUUGCGGCAAAAUCUCCAAAUGAAACUGGAUCAGCUCAACAGUCAAGCAUUUGAGAAUUCUGCAGUUGGUGGCGCGUCUGGCAGCUUGAAGGAGGCCGAGCGCGAGUUGAAGAAGGCUCAAAAGGCCCUGAAGGCUGUUGAGGCUGAUUUGAGCCAGACGGAGGCUCAGCUCGACGAGCUCAAUACUCGCCUUGAACAGUUUGAAUCUGAAAAGGUCAACCGUGAGCAGAGGCAACUGGAAAUUUCCACAAGAAUCGAGAGGCAGCAGAAGAGGAUGGAGAAGACGCUGCAGCGAAAGGCUCUUUUGACUUCACAGGCUGCAGAAUGCGCGAAAAACAUUCGGGAGCUGGGCGUGUUACCCGAGGAGGCCUUUGACAAAUACGAGAACAUGCAGGCCAAUACCAUCACCUCCAAAUUGAAAAAGGUCAACGAGGCGCUGAAAAAGUACAAGCACGUCAACAAAAAGGCCUUUGAGCAGUACAACAACUUCACGACGCAGCAAGAGCAGCUGAUGAAGCGCCGGAAGGAAUUGGAUGAUUCCCAGGGAUCCAUUGAAGAGCUCGUGGAGCAUCUUGACCGGCGAAAGGAUGAAGCCAUUGAGCGUACUUUCAAACAGGUGUCCAAGGAAUUUGCCACCAUUUUCAGCAAGCUUGUGCCGGCCGGCCACGGCCGUCUAGUCAUCCAAAGGAAGACAGAUCGCCGUCAAGACGCUGAAGAGUCGGACGAAGAAGCACGAGGAAGCGUGGAGAAUUACAUUGGUGUUGGUAUCAGCGUGUCUUUCAACUCCAAGCAUCUUGAUGAGCAACAAAAGAUUCAGCAGCUCAGCGGUGGUCAGAAGAGUUUGUGUGCUCUCUGCCUCAUCUUUGCGCUGCAGCAGACCGAAAGCAGUCCCAUGGUCAUCUUUGAUGAAGUCGACGCCAAUCUGGAUGCGCAAUACCGAACUGCCGUCGCCUCGCUUCUCGAGUCCAUUUCUAACGAGGCCGGUACCCAGUUUAUCUGCACCACUUUCCGACCCGAGAUUGUUCACAUUGCAGACAAGUGCUAUGGUGUGACGUUCCGCAACAAGACGAGCUCCAUCAACUGUGUCAGCACGGAAGAUGCUCUCAACUUUGUCGAGGGACAAGCCAAACCAGCCUAA